AUGUCAGGCGCACCGACGCACAUCCUCUUUGAGUGCGCCACGGGCGCGGCCAUCUUCGAAUGCGUCCAGACCGAGGAGAUCGGCAACAUGACCAAGCAGGUCCAGGAGUCGAUUCAGGACCUCAACUCGUUUGGCAGGAUGGUCAAGCUCGUCUCCUUCAGCCCGUUCAAGAAUGCGCUCGAUGCGCUCCAGAGCUGUCUCGAUGUGUCCGAGGGUGUGCUCAACGACCACUUCAAGUCGCUCAUCUCGCUCGUCCUGGCACCCGCAGGCAAGAAGGCCAAGGGCGUGACGCUGGGUGUCUCUGAGCGAGGUCUGGCCGGCGCCAUUGUCUCGGAGUUGGGGAUCCAGUGCGACACGGGCGAGCGGACGCUUGAGCUGAUCCGGGGCAUCCGUCUUCACGGCGAAAAGCUCCUCAAGGGUCUCUCGGAGGGAGAUCUUGGCAAGGCUCAGCUCGGUCUCGGCCACAGCUACAGCCGAUCCAAGGUCAAGUUCAACGUCAACCGGUCCGACAACAUGAUCAUUCAGGCCAUCGCCCUCCUCGACACGCUCGACAAGGAUGUCAACACGUUCGCCAUGCGUGUCCGCGAGUGGUACGGCUGGCACUUUCCCGAGCUUGUGCGCCUCGUCAACGACAACAUGACGUACGCCAAGCUUGCCGUCUUCAUCAAGGCAAAGGAGCGGCUGACCGACGACGACGUCGAGGAGCUCGCCGAGAUCGUGGGCGGCGACGAGGUGGCAGCCAAGAACAUUCUCGACGCCAGCAGGGCCUCGAUGGGAACAGAGAUCGGCGACAUGGACAUGCUCAACAUCGAGUCGUUUGCCCAGCGAGUCGUCAACCUGGGCGAGUACCGUCGCAACAUGCACAAGUACCUCAUCGAGAAGAUGCACCUUGUUGCGCCCAAUCUUUCGGCUCUGAUCGGAGAGAUCAUCGGCGCGCGGCUGAUCUCGCACGCGGGAUCGCUGACAAACCUGGCAAAGUACCCCGCGUCGACGGUGCAGAUUCUCGGUGCCGAAAAGGCGCUCUUCCGUGCGCUCAAGACCAAGGGUAACACGCCCAAGUACGGUCUCAUCUACCACGCCUCGGCCAUUGCUCGUUCGGCUCCCAAAAACAAGGGCCGCAUGUCGCGCUUCCUUGCCAAUAAGAUCAGCAUUGCCUCGAGAAUCGACUGCUUCUCGGACUCGCCCACGACCAAGUUUGGCGAGGUGAUGAACCUGCAGGUCGAGGAGAGACUCCAAUUCUACGAGACGGGCAAGCCGCCAGGCAAGAAUGCCGACGCUAUGGCCAAGGCGCUGCGCUCCAUCGAGGAGGCUGCCGGUGACCUGAUGGACGUCGACGCAGAGGACGACGACGAUGACUCUGACGACGAAGAGGUGACGAUGCCCGAGGCAGUCGGUGUCAAGGACCCGGCCGAUGACAAGAAGAAGAGCAAAAAGGGUAAGAAGGAGAAGAAGUCCAAGAGCAAGUCGUCGGACAAGGACAAGAAGGAUGACGUGGAGCGAGCGGCAGAAAAGGCGAGGAAGAAGGCGGCGAAGAAGGCAGCAAAGGCGAGCGACGGGGGCGUGCCGGGCGACGAGUCGGUGGCCAAAAAGGACAAGAAGGAGAAGAAGAAGAAGGACAAGUCCAAGUGA